AUGAAGUGUAGCGUUUAUAGCAGCUAAACUCACCGGAAAGCGAAUCGGCCAAUACUCACAUCGGCGUGUUCGUGAACCGGCCUGGAACCGGUAUCAAUUUCAUUCUGGUUUUCUCCCCCAAUCAUGAGCAAUUUGGCGCUACAAGCACGCCGGAUGGCGCUCGGUGCAACUCGGCAAGCGCGCGGGUGCCACGCUGUGCUGGCGGGUGGAGCGCCAUUCACUGCUCGAGCUGCCACAGCUGCCACUGCGGUGGAUGUGCCGUCCACGUCGGCUACAUCCGUCACCCCCCUCACAGUGCUGGACGAGCGCACUGCCCCAGAGCGGCUGCGGGAAACAUCCACCCUGAUCUUUGACUGCGAUGGCGUGCUGUGGCGAGGCAGUGAGAUCAUCCACAAUGCCCCCGAGGCCCUGAAGGAGUUCCGGCGCCAGGGCAAGCGGCUAUUGUUCGUCACCAAUAAUAGCUCGAAGAGCCGCGCGGGAUACGUGGCCAAAUUCUCAAGCCUAGGACUGGAAGUGGCAGCGGAGGAGAUCGUGUCCUCAUCCUACUGCGCCGCCGCCUACCUGACCAGCCAGGGCUUCGGGCCGGGCGGCAGCAGGCCCUGCAGCAAGGUGCUGCUGCUGGGCUGGAGCGGCGUGGAGCAGGAGCUGGAGCAGGCGGGCAUUCCUUACGUGGGCGGCCGGGCGCUGAAGGUGCCGCCCAUGGAUGAUUUGGACGCAAUGAAGGCUCUCAAGGUCGAUCCAGACGUCGGGGCAGUGGUGGUGGGCUGGGACCCCAACUUCUCAUACUCGCGCCUGGUGUACGCCUCCAUCCACCUGCGCGAGCUGCCGGGCUGCCUGCUGGUGGCCACCAACAUGGACUGCGCCGACCACAUCGGCGGCGGCAGGAUGAUGCCUGGCACCGGCGGCCUGGUCAAGGCGGUGGAGACGGCGUCAGGAGUCAGCGCGGUGAACGUGGCCAAGGGCGGCGAGUGGCUGCUGCCGUACCUGUGCCGCACCUACGGCCUGGAGCCCGCACACACCGCCAUCGUGGGCGACCGCAUGGACACGGACAUCCACCUGGGCCGACAGGGCGGCUUGUUCACGUGCCUGCCGCUCACGGGCGUCACCACGCUGAAGCGGCUGGAGGGGCUGCCCGCCUCCGAGCACCCAGACGUGGUAGUCCGCUCCGUGGCGCAACUGGCGGGACUGCCGGCGUGAGAGGCGGAAGGAGGACGGGCGAGGAGAGAGGAAGCGCACGAAGACUUUCACGUGAUGGCACUGGUAGUGGGGGAUAUCGUACUAGUGGACAAUGCAUGGGGAUUUCUGGGCAUGACUAUUGCGUGGGGAGAGCAAUGCGAGAGAGAGCCUGGAGCGUAGAGAACGCGCAUAGUUAUUGAGAUGUUCCUAUUUGAGCUCUGUCGCAUCACAGCGUUGCAGGUAUCUACGUGCUGGUGAGGAUGGUCAGUCAAAGGGACAGAGUUUUGCAGACAUGCGGUCUGAUGCACGUGUCCCUGGAUGCGUGAAGGGGCAGUGAUGGACAUGAGUGCGUGAGCGGUCAUUAGGCUGGCGUACAGAUGCGAUAUGUUGGGUUGCACGCCGGCAGUCCGGCACCAGACACGUCCCAUAGAGUGGUGGUGUUGAUCGCCUUGCCGUGCCCAACCCUGUUACCCGUGCCUGUUAACCCAGUCCCGUGUUAAGGUGGUGUUGAGAAACACCGAGUUUGUUGUAAGAGGGUAGAAGG